GACAGACUCGCACCGCCUAGCCACUUGAUAUUUCUUUGACUCGGUCAUAGCUCCUGGUCCAGUGAAAGAUGUUAGAGAGAUCUGUGUACAAAGUGCAAACAACGGUUAGCUAAGCUAGCUACACUUGCAAACCGAUGAGAGCAUGAAGCUCACCACCUUCGAAUAAACAUCCAGAAAGACGCCAUGGACGCUGCCGACAAGAACGACGGCGGCGGCGGUGGCGGCGGAGGUGGCGUGCUCCGGCCGUCCCGGAUAUGCUACCUCGCCAUUCUCUCGACCGCCUUCUGGGCCUUGGUGUUCUACCUGCACACCUGCAUGCAAGGCGGCAACGGCGUGGCGUCCGUCUUGUUCAACCCGUCGGCGUUCUCCCUUCCCCUGCUGUCCAGCACCAUCGCCGGCGGGCGCCCUCCACCCGAGCAAGUGCCGGCGUCGGCGGUGGCGGCGGCGCAGGAGAACGGAAGCGUGACGGCGCCGUCGGCCGACGACCGUUGCGCCGGACGGUACGUUUACAUGUACGACCUGCCGCCGCGCUUCAACGACGAAAUCGUCCGUGACUGCAGCAAGCUCGACCCGGGGACGGACAUGUGCCCGUACGUGGUCAACUGCGGCAUGGGCAAGGCGCUAGGCGAUGAAGGGGGCGUCUUCUCCGGCCGUGGCUGGUAUGACACCCACCAGUUCAUGCUUGACGUCAUCUUCCACGGCCGGAUGAAGGCCUACGAGUGCCUGACCGACGACUCCUCUCUGGCCAACGCCGUGUUCGUGCCGUUCUACGCCAGCUUGGACGGCGGGAGGCAUAUCAUCUCGUGGAGUGGCACCUCGACGAGGGACGCGCUCGCCCUGGACCUCGUGCAGUGGCUGGCGCGGCGUCCGGAGUGGCGCACCAUGGGCGGCCGAGACCACUUCUUCGUGGCUGGCCGGACCACGUGGGACUUCCGGCGGUACACCGACGCCGACAAUGAGUGGGGCACCAAGCUGCUCAACCUCCCGGCCGUCCAGAACAUGACGGCGCUCGUCCUGGAGAUCAGCCCGUGGAGCCGGAGUAACUUCGCGGUACCCUACCCGACGUACUUUCACCCCGAGACAGCCGCCUCCGUGCUCGCCUGGCAGGAGAAGGUUCGCAAGGCGGAGCGCAGGUGGCUCUUCUCGUUCGCUGGCGCGCCCCGCCCCGGGUUCAACCAUACAGUCCGUGCAGAGAUCAUACAGCAGUGCGGCGCGUCAAGCCGCUGCAGGCUCUACAGCUGCGGCGGCGCCAGUGGCGGCGCAAAUUGCAGCUCGCCGGGCGGUGUGAUGCGCCUCUUCGAGAGCUCGAACUUCUGCCUCCAGCCUCGCGGGGACUCGCUGACGCGGCGGUCAACGUUCGACACCAUCCUGGCCGGCUGCAUCCCGGUGUUCUUCCACCCCGGCUCGGCGUACACCCAGUACACGCUGCACCUCCCAAAGGACCCCAAGAAGUACUCGGCGCUCAUCAUGCACACCGAUAUCACCGGCCGGAACGUGAGCAUCGAGGAGACGCUGAGCAAGAUCCCGCCGGAGGUGGUGCAGGCGAUGCGGGAGGAGGUGAUCGCGCUCAUUCCGAGGGUGGUGUACGCGGACCCGAGGUCGAGGCGCGUGGAUUUCAAGGACGCGUUCGAUGUCGCGGUGGAGGGGGUUCUUGAUCGGGUGGCCGAGCGGCGGCGGGGCACGGUCAAUGGCCGGGAGCAGUAAGAGAGACGCCGUCGGGGCCGGGAUGAUGCAACGGUGACCCGGGGAAUGUAAUUUAUCUCGGACAUCUAUUUCUUCUAUUUAAUACUUGUUGAUUCUCUCAUAUCAUAUAAUUUUUUUCACAUAUCUAUUUAUCAUA